AUGACCAUACCAUCAGAUACCUCAGAGAAGAAUAUACCAAAGGACUUUUCCGUAGAAAACAUUUACGGGAAAUUAACUGAUGAUGAAAUAUUGCAGAGUAGGAAAUCUCAUAUCCAGUCGGUGAGAUUGGCCUUCAAGUCGCUACCAAAGACUCGAACCAGAGUCCCUCAACAUGAUGCCUCUUUCGUGGGGAUGGAUCCCGAACUAGUGACUUUCAAAAGUGCUUCAGAUCCUUUGUACCCCAAAAAUUGGCCCCUAAGAAGGAAGCUCUUCACUGUUGUGGUGGCAUCUCUUUAUGUCGGAGCUGAGCCCUUCGUGUCUGCAGCCUUUCCAAAAAGCACUACGCUGUCGCUUGCCCAUAGCGGAUCAAGCGUUUUUGUCAUGUUGAUGGUGAAAAUUGUCCCACGAUUGAUAGGACUGGUCAUUGUGGGGCCUUUGUCUGAUUACUUCGGUCGUAAGGUGCUGUUGAACGCGUCUGUUUCAAUCUUGAUUGGGUCCUCAGCUCUGGUUCACGUCUACUUUGACCGGUUCUCUUUCUUCCAAUUGGCUUCUUUCAGUUUUUUAUCAACUCUGGGGGCUUCCUCCCCUUUAUCUGUGGGGUCAAAGAUUCUAAAUGACGUCUUCUCACCCUCCGCUGUAGGUGGGGGGCUCCUUGUCUACCUCUGUGGACCCGUGGUUUCCUACUUUGGAAGCCCGGUGGCCGUAAAUCUAAUAAAGGAGUUUCCUGCUGGUUAUUCGUCGGGUUGUUUCUGUGUAGUCAUGGCAUUGCUGUUUGCUUUGAUUCCAGAAACCUCACCUGCGAUGAUUCUUCACCAAAAGGUUACCGUGUUGAGACAGUUAACCGGAAAUAAGCAUCUCCACAGUCUGUAUGAAAUCACGCGGGAGCCAAUCUCUGUCCAAUUACGACGACAUCUUGGCAGAACCUUUGCAAUGGCUGGAUCCCAUCCAUCACUGUACAUAGCCAUGCUGAUAGGGGCCUUGUUGUUUGGAGUGAUAGCAGCAAUAUGGGCGCUCUGGUGGGCAUGA